ACAUGUUUCCUGAAGCAAGAAGACCGGUGUGUGUGAGUGUGUGGCUACUAAGCACCGUCUCCUGUUUCACUUUUGCAGACGGCGGCUCUUGGAUUCCAUCCAUCCACCUGAAAUGCCUGCUGCUCGGUGAAGUGGGGCAAGAAUUGUGUGCAUUCUUCUAGAACUUGUUCAUCCUGUCAGCUGUUAUGAUCUAGUUCAAAAGCCAGGCACAGAUAUUACAGUUCUAGCAAUGAAGAAUCCAUUGUUGGUAUAAGCACACCCCUUUUGGCUGGGAAAGCUGUUAGACCUGAUAAACAAGGUCUCCUGCAUCUUUCAGUGGUAUUUGAUUUUUGGAAAGCGGAGCACAUAAAAUUCCAACCAGCCCAUGCCAGAUUUCACUUGGUUGCAAGUGUUUAAGAAUUAAAGAGUCGCUUUCUUCGGCGGAGAGUAAGAGUUUGCAGUUGGCUGCACGCACACGACUGAUCCCUUUACUGUUGAGCUCCAACCUAGAAGACAACAUGGCUAUGCAACUUGCUGGUCUAGUCUUGGGAGGCAUUGGCUUGGUAGGAACUUGCGCUGUCACCGGCUUGCCCCAAUGGAGAGUCACUGCCUUCAUCGAUAACAACAUUGUGGUGUUUGAGGCACAGUGGGAAGGACUGUGGAUGAACUGCGUUAGGCAAGCCAACAUCAGGAUGCAAUGCAAGAUAUAUGAUUCACUGUUGGCACUGACACCUGACUUGCAGGCUGGCAGAGCGUUGAUGUGCGUGGGUGUCGUAUUGUCAUUCCUGGCUUUCAUGAUCGCCAUCAUUGGCAUGAAAUGCACUGUGUGUGCUGGAGAUAAUUUGAAGACAAAAGGGAUGAUCCUUCUGGUGGCUGGCAUAACAUUCAUCCUUUCUGGGAUUAUUGUUCUGAUUCCUGUAUCCUGGACCGCUAAUCAGAUCAUCAGGGACUUCUACAACCCCCUUGUUCUUUCAUCCCAGAAGAGAGAACUGGGCGAUGCUCUGUACAUAGGGUGGACAACAGCACUGGUUCUUAUUGUCGGAGGGAUAAUUCUUUGCUUAUCCUUCCGGAAUGGUGAAAAGGAGGUCAGAUACACCCUGCCGCCUAAAACAGUUUCCAGUGCCCCACAACGGAAGCCAUCGAGCCUCUACUCCAAAAGCCAAUAUGUGUAGAACAGAUUUUGGUGGCAAACUGCCAAGGAUCCACUGGAAACAAAGUAGAAUUGACAUGGUUCUGACUAUUGAAGCCCUUUGGACUACAAAAUGGGAAAGAAAGAUAGGAAGCCUUUCAAAACUGUGAACAUUGGUCACUACAGAGGGACUUUGUUGUGUUUUUAUCAAGAUAACUUUGUGCAAGAUUUAGGAAAAGCACUUGUGGUUCCGGGAAGCCGAUGCCCAGGAUCAUACACUUAUAGACUGUAUCAAACGGGAUUAAGAAGGAUUUUAAUGUUUUUUUGUGCACCAGAAUAUUUUCUUUCGGUUGACUUGCAGGUAACAGCGUGAAUUGGAAAAAUACUAACCAGUAAAGAAUAAGUGGCUUUAUGUCACUUCUUGACCUUUGAUAUAACUGUCUAAUUGUUAGCUCUGAGCAGCUCAUAUCUUAUAUCAAGGCAUGGCAUGGGACUAGCCUGGUAAAUUGUAUAUGCUGUAUAUAUGUUAUAGUUUAGCUAUAUGCUUAUAUAACUCAUUAUGCAAUUAAAUAAUGAGUACUUCAAGGCACCCAUUCCUGCAUCUGUAAAUAGUCUCUAUUUAUAGGGUUUAAUUUACACCUGAAUUGUAAGAACAUAGCUGGCUGUAUUGACAGUAUAAACAGUCAUGCUAUUUCCAUUAUAAGCUGUGCCAGUUCUAUAAUGUUUUUGGUGUCAGCAGGGACAUUUUCCAUCAACUAAUAUGGCAACUUAGCGAGGAGGGUAUUCCAAUAAAGGAACUGGGCAGCCCUUUGAAAUACCAAUAAUUUGAAUAAAUUCCUUAUAGGAAAAUUAUAUAAUUAUGUUCACUAUAAUUAUUGCUACAGUAGUUUGUGUUUUGAACUGACAAAUCAAAAGGACAGAGUUUGCCUAUUUAUUAAUCUAUAGCAACCAAAGCAAUUAACGUUUCGCAAUGCAUUUUAAAAUGAUGAAAUCAAAAUUUAGUGGCUUUAGAUUGGACGUUGCCAUUGAUUGACCACCAGUGAUCUGACACAAUUGCAUGAGUAGAGCUUAGUAAUUUCAUCAUUAAGGGGAGGGCACAUUGGGAGCUGGUUAAGGUUAUAUUGAUGACAUCACUGUGAGAUAGUGAGCUAGAGAUCUGAUGAUUGGUCCUCAGCAUGAGCUCAUACUUUUCUUCAAAUUAACUCUUCUUUAAAAAUUUAAUUUUGAACUAUAGCUGAGUCCACCUUUCCCAGCUAAAGGAAGCUUGGAGGAAAAGGUCUAAAUAUACAUAACUAUGGAUAAAAAUAACCAUGAGGAGGAACUCUGGGUCAAACCUCAGGUUACUCUGCACAAGUUCCUUGUCCCCUUUUCCCAUUCCAGCCAUAGACAACAAAACUAUUUUUAGUGUAAUGGGGGGGGGGGUAAUUUCCAUUAUUUCUAUGUAAAUUUAAUGAUGUGUUUUACAUGAUUACCACCGCAGGGACAGGGACUGAUGUGAAUGAGAAAUUAUGUUAAUAAAGUGCUUUUGUACAUGUGUCACUGUAUAAAUAAAGGAUAAUAAAUAACAACCUGUAUGAA